GCUCUCUCUCUCUCUCUCUCUCAGCAUUUCCGGCUUUUUUUUCCCCUCCUCCUCAGAUAGACUCUCCCAAGCCAUCCACCUUCCUCCACCCUCUCCUAUUUAUUCCCUCCCAAUCCCAUACCUCGAGGUUGAAACUGGAGGGAGGGGAGAGAGAGAUGGAUUUGUGGGGGUUAUUGGUAGCGGCGGCGGCGGCGGUGGCGGGGGCGGCGGCGGUGAGCGGCUUGGCGAGGAGGGUGCAGGAGUGGGUGCACGAAUGGGGGCUCGGAGAGAAGAGGAAAAGGUUGCCGCCGGGGGACCUCGGGUGGCCUCUCCUCGGAAACAUGGCCGCUUUCCUCUGGGCCUUCAAAUCCAACGAUCCCGACUCUUUCAUCAACUCCUACGUCCGACGGUUUAGCCGCAUUGGAAUAUACAAGGCCUACAUGUUUGGGAAGCCAACGAUCAUGGUUACAAUACCUGAGACCUGCAAGCAAGUUUUGAUGGACGACGAGCGCUUCGUGCCUGGUUGGCCUAAAGCCACUUGCGAGCUCAUUGGGAAGAAAUCAUUUGUAGGCAUCAUUCAUGAAGAGCACAAGCGGCUAAGGAGACUGACAGCAGCUCCAAUUAAUGGUUUUGAAGCACUUACUACAUAUCUAGAGUUCAUUGAGGGUACUGUUGUAUCAACUCUGAAGAAGUGGGCAGGAAUGGGAGAGAUUGAGUUCCUUACAGAGCUGCGGAGGUUUACAUUCAAGAUAAUCAUGAAAAUAUUUCUAAGCUCAGAGAGUGACAGCAUCAUGGAUACUUUAGAGAAAGUCUACACUGAUCUGAACUAUGGAAUGAGGGCAAUGGCCAUUAACCUCCCUGGAUUUGCUUACCAUAGAGCACUCAAGGCUCGGAAAAAAUUGGUGGCAAUUCUGCAAGCCAUUCUGGAUGAAAGAAAGGCAGCAAGGGCAAGAAAUCCACCUCCAGCAGAUAAGGACAUGAUGGAUCGUCUCAUGGAAGUUGAAGAUGAAAACGGCAGAAGGUUAAGCAAUGAGGAGAUUAUUGAUAUAUUGCUUAUGUAUCUCAAUGCUGGCCAUGAAUCUUCUGGCCAUAUCACCAUGUGGGCCACUGUGUUUCUACAAGAAAACCCUGAAUAUUUCCAAAAAGCUAAGGCAGAACAAGAGGAGAUUAGAAGAAAUAAACCACCUAUGCAGAAGGGACUCACACUAAAGGAGGUCAAACAAAUGGAGUAUCUUUCAAAGGUUAUUGAUGAGACGCUACGCAUAGUUAACAUCUCAUUCGUGGCUUUCCGGAAAGCAACUGCUGAUGUCUAUGUCAAUGGUUAUCUCAUACCUAAGGGCUGGAGAGUUCAGACUUGGUACAGAAGUGUUCACCUGGAUCCUGAAGUUUACCCUGACCCGAAGAAGUUCAAUCCCAGUAGAUGGGAUGGUCUGACACCCAAAUCAGGAACUUUUCUUGCCUUUGGAGGAGGAAGCAGGUUGUGCCCCGGAAAUGAGCUGGCCAAAUUAGAGAUCACUGUUUUCCUGCACUAUUUUCUUCUUGAUUAUCGGUACACAAGUUAAUCUGAAACAACUUGAAAAUUUAACUGGUACCUCACAGCGACCUGAUUGUUCUUAGCAAGCAGAAAGUAUUCCUUAAGCAAGCUUUUAAUGCCUCUAAUAGUCUGUAGUCCCGAAUGAUUUUCAUCCCUGAAAAUCCGACGGUUCCUUUCAAUCCAAAUUCUCCAGCAGAUGGCAAUGGAAAUCAUAUUCCACCUAAGCCAUUCUGCCUUCCUCAUCUUAUCUUUCCCUUGCCUCUUCCAAAGAAGAAGAAACUCGACGAACUCCUAAUUUAUGGACGAAGUGUUUCCAGAUUGAAGCAGCAAAACCACGACUAAGGAAAAGGUGACUGGCUGAUUCAUCCACUCUGCUGCAUAGUACACAAGAUUGAGGGCCUGUCCUGUUUCUUGUUCUAAGAUUAUGUGCAGUUAGAAGCUUGUGGAAUACUUGAGUAUAUCAUUUACAGAAAUUACUUGAAGUACUUGUAGAAACUUAGUAAUUCCAGCUUCAUUCAUGACAGUUGGACUAGGACGUGUUUCACCAAACUACAACUAAGAUGAUGUAGUAUAUCUAAGAUCAUAUUGUUGCU